AUGAAAAAGAGACUCAACGACGCUACUUCCUCCGACGCCGGAGAAUUGCCACCGGCGAAGCGAAUCCGACGUAACAAAACCAUCUGCUCUUGCAACUCUCCUCGUCCUCGUUUUCUCUCCGCUCAUUCCACUUUCUCUUGGUUCGAUGACGACAUUUGGACUGAGAUAGCGAAGUUUCUGGAUGGAAAAUCGCUGGUAAUGCUGGCUGCGACGAACCGAUGGUUCCGCCGCGUGAUCAUGGAUGAUGUCAUUUGGAAGUUCGUUUGCUUGCGUGAUCUUCAAGUUCCAUCUCCUCCACCUGUGGCAUUCAAGUGGAGCAACCUCUACACUUCAGCUUUUGAUGGGAGUCACUCCUACAAGUUCCGUCAGCAGGAGAAGCACAUUGAUUGGAUGCGCAUUGGUGCUUUUUCCUUUGAUUCUUCAGUAGCCCUCCUGACAGAGAGACUGAAUUUUCCGGGGGAGUUAAAGAAAGAAGAAAGCAUGGAAAUGAUGUUGAAGACUCACGGUUGUUGCUUUCUGGACAACAUUAAACCCGGAAUCUGGAUUGCUGAUCUGCAGCUUGUGCGGUGCCCGGUUUGUGACCUCAAUACUUGUGAUGGAACAAUGCAGACAUUGGAUGCAAGGCAUAUAGAGCUGUUCCUCCGUGAAGACUAUGAAAAUGGGAACUGGGAUUACGAGGUUGUAGGAUCUCAUGAUAUCAAGAAACGAGCUGAUGGGGCUGCUGGCUCCAUUUUUGAUGUCAAACAUCUGUCGAGUUCUUCUACGUCUGCGGUAUUUGAUUACAAGUCAUGGAUUGGGAAGGAUAAUGACUGGCAACCCAAGGCCAUGAUUGCUUUUCAUGCUGUAGCUGUGAACACUAAUUUACAAGAAAAUGAAGGUCUUCAUGUGAAGUACCAAGCUAUGAGGGAAGGACCUGGUGGAGAAGUUGUUUCUAUCAGAAUCUCUCAGCAGCUGCUGUGACUCAUCUCAAACCCAUCUUUGAGAAGGGCUGGGGUUGGGUAGUUCAUCCCUACCCUUUAAAAUGCUUUAUGACAUUUUUAUACAAGACUUAGUUCUUUCAAUUGAAAACAAAUAUUGUACACCCAUUCAUUAAUUUCCCACACGUAGCUAAUGGUUUAAACAUUGAAAGACCAUAGUGAAUACUAUUUCCAACAGAAGAGUUGAUAUAUACUAGCGAAAAAGCAUUAUUUUGUAUGAAAGUUGGAAAUUUCCUAUAAGUCUUGAUAUACUUGUUUCCCUAAAAUUGAAAUGCUUGUUCAGUAUGCUAAAAUCAAACUAAAGUCAGCUGAUUAUUACUUAUGAUCAUUGGUAAUGGUCAAGA